UUGAAACGUUUUCUGGUCAAGGGAUAUGCUUUAUCUGGGUCCGGGAAACCGGCCCUAUGCCUCUUUUUCUGUUCAGUACAAGUUCUAAACUGUUUUGUUCUUAACAUAACUACAUACAGGAUCCCCUUAUACAGUAAGUAAAUCUACAGGUGUUAAGCACAGAGGAAAAGGGUUCCGGAGGACACAACACAUCAAAGAGUACUCUCUAGAUUCUUUCAGAUGUCUCAUCCUUCCCAAGAUCAUGUUACUCUUGGCUUUGACUGUAGGAGGAGGAGGAAAUCUCCAUGAAAAGAGUUCCCGGGUCACCUGAUAGGUCCAGGGCUUUGUCUGGAGGAUUACUGUGGAGGCAGAAGACUGUUGUUACGUCUUUGACCCAACAAACCCCGGAGAGUGUCAGGAAGAGGGAGGUGCUGGAAAGGGAAAAGCCAGUAGAGGGAUUACGGAGGGCCUACAGAAACAUAUACAAUAGCAUCGGUUGUUGUGUUUUCAUCACAGAUUCUUGCAGAGCACGUGGUAUAACUAUCAGCUUGUUUAAUAUCAAAGUUUAUUAAGCUGAUCAAGGGCAUAUCAAAUGAGAUGGGUCAUACGUGACUGAUGUGGGUUUAUUUAUGGGUUAUGGUAUUAGCAGAUAGGCUAUGGGAUAGCAUUGGCAGUUGUGUCAGUCUGUUCUCGUUGCAGUCAUGGUUUAGUCUGGGUAACAGUCUUUCUAGCUAACGUUCCACUCCUGUCUUUGGGAUAUGACAGGUCGUGGCAAGGAGUUUAAUGUAAUAGCUGAACAGAGACAGCAACCGGGCUAGUCAUGGCUCAAUCCUGUUCUGUCUGGUUUGGUGCCGUUACAAAGUAGUCUGAAGUCAUCAAGAAAAAGCACAGAGGGAUUUUAGCAAGGGAUCUGGAAUUCUAUAAAGACUUUCACUAGUAUCUUCCCCGGUCUCUCCUCUCCCAACAGAAAGACAUCCAGACAGGGGCCGGCUUGAUGCAGAAUAAUAUCAAAAUCACUGUAUUUCACAAGACAGGAAACCCUGACUCAAGCACUUUGUCUUACAUUUAUGGUUCUCUAUUAUAUCUGGGAAAUGUUUGUGAUAAUAUCAGACAGACAAUGGCCCACUAACUGUAUUAUAUAUACAGUAUAAAGGAAGUGUGGAUAAAGAGUGGGAGAAGGGUUAUGGCUCAACAAUGUGAGGGUUGUCACAAGUUAACACAGGCACAAAGUCAUAAUUAUGGCUAAACCCCACCCAUUUCUACCAUUUACCUUCUUAAAAUGUGAUUGUAAACCCUAACCACACUGCUAACCUUAUGUCUUUGUAGUUAAUUUGGCUUUGCGGCUGUGUUAACAGUUAACAAGUGAUGACCCUAUGUGGGAGUUGCCUCUCUUUGAUGACAUCAUUGUAUUUUAAAAGAUUAGUCAUCUGUUAACAGCAAGUGAGAUCCCUUCCUCCCACGCACUUUCCCCUCUAAAAGAACCAAAACACACUGUAGCCUCAGUCUCAUCAUUCCGAUAGUUCAUUCUCGUUGAAUGAAACAGCACCCAAAGAGAAACAAAAAUGUGUUCAGAAUAUGAGUGCGGAAUUUGUUACAGAAUCUACAACACGGAUCGUCGGUGUCCUCGUGAGUUACAGUGUAAGCACAGCUUUUGUGAGAGCUGUAUCGUGACUCUUUCUCGACCCUCGGUAUGUGAAGUGGAAUCUAGGAAGGAAUGUUCGCUGCAGGACAAGACAAUUGUUUGCCCACUGUGCCGGUACACAACGUCGGUCUCGGGUAAAGUGAGGGCAGCGCUUCGGGUAGACGAAGGUAUUCUUGAGCGCAUGAUGUUAUCUGGCGUGCUAAGCAUGACAGACGAGGAGGAUAGUGAAGAUGAGGAGGAUGAUGAGACUUCUCAUGAGAACUCAGCCGAGGAAAGGGACUCCUCUUCGGGUUCCAUAGUUGGAAGGUUCCGCCGUUCGCUGAGGCGCGUCUGGGGCAAAUUAACUUGGAAUCAUGACCAACGGAGAGCGGAUUGUAUGACCGAUGAGGACCUACGAGACCUUGCCAUGAUGUCAUGCUACAUCAUUUGAUGAGGACUUCGUUGGAAAAAAGUAAUCAGGUGCUACUGCACCUGAUUGAUCAGAGAGAGGGUGUUGCUGUCCACGAGUCUCCGCUACAGUAUUUAGAAUGUAGAAGACUGGCAGGUCCAGUUGGAAGUUGAAGCAAGCAGGAAUAUAGCCUCUUCGCACUGGGAGACCUGUACACGUUGAUCUCCCGUUGCUGAAGGCGACAUCCCUUACUCCGAAUAACAUAUUUACCAGCCUUCUGGUUUAUUUACGAGAAACUUUACCCGUCUCUGAAGGCAAUUCUAUAAUCCUGUUUACCAGUCGGUACGGGCUAUACAAUGUGUGAACUAUGGUAAAAAUGGUUUAAAUAUACAUUUUCUGAAGCUCACUCCCUAGUCCCCAUACCUACUAGUUUCCACGUGAUUUGACCAUGUGAUCCUAGAUGGCAGCACACCAUUAGGAAGAUAGGAUGUAAAUUUGGUUAAUUUGAGGAAAGUUGGAUAUAAAAGUAGUUUUUUUCUCCACAUAUUGUAAAAAGAAACACUCAUUGUAAGAAUAAACUAGCAGGAAUAUAAUGUUGUUUACACAGGCAGCCCAAUUCUGAGCUUUGUUUUUUACUAAUUGGUCUUUAACCAAUCUCAUCAGAUCUUUUCCAGAGCUGAUCUGAUUAGUCAAAAGACCAGUUAUUGGGGAAACAAAAUAUCAGAAUUGGGCUGCCUGUGUAAAUGUAGCCUAUGCAUUCUAUAAUAGCCAACUAGGCCUAAAUGUCGAUUUCUUCUCACUUGCAUGUCAUAAUUUGGUGGUGACCAAACAUAAACACAAUGGUAAAACAGAAUUGUAAAGGCUGAAAAUGACAAGACCAUAUAGGCUUUUCUCUGAAGCCAUUAGGCUACCGAAUGAAAUGUUUUUGUAUGAAAUUGUCUUUGGUGCUUCGAAGUAGCCUAUUUUAUUUAACUAGGCAAGUCAGUUAAGAACAAAUUCUUAUUUACAAUGAUGGUCUGCCCCGGCCAAACCCUAUGACUAUCCAUUGCCAAAGAUUAGAAUAAGUAUUUAAUAUUGUUGGUUCUAAGUUCACAAGCACAAACUUAAUAUAAUUCAAUAUGUAAUUCAGUGUAUUUAUUUCAUUCACUUUCAUUGAUUGUGUACCUUUUGUAGGCCUAUGUUUUGUUGUAAUAAAAGCAUAUAGGCAUACCAAUA